AUGAAAGGUGAUAAGGAUGAUUAUGAGGAGAAUUAUGAUAAUUAUAGUGGUGCUGAUAUAUUGUUAUCAUUAUCAGUUGAACUAUCACAUGAGCUUCAGAGUUAUCUAACUAUUAAUUGCAACAAAUUGCAAACUGAUGAAGAUGGUAAUCCAAUUUGCAUGCUUUGUGAUGAAAAAUUGGCAUCUGAGCACAAUUGGAUUGAGCAUAUCGAAUUAGAAAAAUCAAAACUUAUCAAAAAUAUUGCUAAUUUAAAAGAUUAUAAAGCAUCAACUGAUAAUUUAUUACAAUCACCAAUAUCUGAGCAAUGUCGACGAAAACGUGAAUAUGAAUUAUUGCGUAUUCGAUCUAAUCAACAAAAAAGGCUUGGAUUAAAAAAUCGUGGAUAUCGUGAUGAUUCGAGUAGUCAAUUAAAUCAUCCAACAAAUAGCAAUGUAACAUAUCCGAUGAUAAUGUCACAGACAGUAAUUGAUGGAAAUGUAAAAAAGGAUGAAUGUGAGGAAUCUCGAGAAAUCUCGGGAAAUAGUAAUUUCUGUCGAUUUUGUGAGCGUCAUCAUGAAUAUUUGAUUAUCAGUAGUAGUUUUGAUCAUCCUCGAUGUCAUAAUUGCUUCUUAAAAUUACGCGCACAAACUGGCGUACUACCACUUUCGAUAACUUCACCGGUAGAUUGUUGUAGUCCAAGUGGUUUAAGUGAUGCUACAUCCGGAAAAGCUUCGUCACCACAUUCACCGCUAUCAUUGGUUGUUGAACAGAAACGUUCAAGGACUGAGUAA